CAUCUGGUUUUAGCCUCAUCUUUCUCCUAUAUAUAUUCACACCCAAGAAACUAAACUAGAACUAAGCUGUUUGUUCUGUUCUGUUUAUAUUUCAAGAUGUGUGGAACAAGAGGAGCGUGGAUAGUAGCGGCUAGCGUUGGAGCUGUUGAGGCUUUGAAAGAUCAAGGUUUCGGCAGAUGGAGUUACACCAUGAGAUCUGUUCACCAGCAUGCCAAGAGCAAUGUGAGAUCUUUCUUGCAAGCAAAGGAACUAUCGCCUUCGUCUUCUGCAAUGGUUUUGAACAAACUGAAAUCCGAAAAGAAGAACCAAGCAGCUGAGGAUUCUCUAAGAAAAGUCAUGUACCUGAGCUGCUGGGGGCCUUAAUUAUCUUCUUUUAUAUAAAGCCAACAAGCCCAAAUGAAUAGUGUUUUUUUGUGUCACAAGCUUCAUAAAAAAUAAUGAAUAGUUGUAGGGAUAUUUUUGUCA